AUGGAUUAUUCAGAUUUUCGGUUUUAGAAAUAAAAUAGACAUAUAAUAAAUGACAAGUAAUUAAAGCAUAUAAUAGAUAGUUUAUUUAAGUUAAUUUGUAUUGAAACUAAGAGAUUGAAACAAUUUAUAAUUAGCUAUCAAAUUAUUAGGAACUUUUAGUGCUAUUCCCAUCUGUAUUUGAUAGCUGAAAUUUAGUACAAAAAAUUCUCCAGACUUAUCCUAAAUUACAUACUUUCAAUUGUAAUUAUUAUAACUAUUAUAAGAGAAAAUACUACAGUCAUUUUAAGUAGGAAUUAAAAUUAAAUUAAAUUAUAAGCCAACAGAAACUGAAAUGAGAGAAUCUGGUCAUUAAUAGAAGUAAGUAGACUAAAUAAAAUAAAAUACUUGGGAUGAUUUGUGUAAAUUUGUUACGAUGCAUUCAAAAAAGUUUUUUUUGUUAAUUAAUUAUAUGAAAUCCUAUAAAUAUUGCUUAGAAUAUAAAAGAUCAUUAUUAAAUAAAAAAUAUAUAGAUACAAUAUCAUUUUAAAGUUUAUACCAUUAAAAAGAAAGUCAUAUUAUUAAAAAUAUUAAUGAUACUAAAUUAUUUGUUUUUAUAUGGAAUGUUAGAAUAGAUGAUGUAAAUAGAUCUACAAUCAAAAUUAGAGGAUAAAAAAGAAAAUGA